UUAAUUUUGCAAAAUUACUCACAUGUUGAAAAAAACGUAUAAAACUUUGAUCUUUGAUUUAUCCUCCUCUCCCCUCUCCCAUCUCUUUGAUUGAUCUCUCCUGUACUUUUUUUUAAAUCAAGUGAUCUGAUCCCUCUAAAAAUAAGAACCAAGUUUGAACAUGAAAUUCUCUUUUUAUGUAUAGGAUUUGGUAAAAGUGUCGCCAUCUAGAAGACAAGUAAUAAUAUCUCAAGUGCCUCCGUAAGUCUCGCCGCGAACCAAUCGAUGUUCGAGUCGGAGCCGAAGGGGGGGUUUGAACAUCGUGACUAGAGUCUAUUGACAUUCCAAUGUAAAUUGUUUUGAUUUUUAGUGCGGACGUUCCAGAGAAGGAAUUAAUUUAGGACAAUGUUCGAGUGGGCGUAUGAUGGUGUGAAUAGCUCCAUACCGCGCAACGUUGGUCCAGAAUGCGCAAAUUAUCUGACGCUGAAGCGACGACUAAUAGAAACACUAUUUAUAUCUAUAUUUAUCAUAUCCUUUAUCAUAUGGGGUCUCAAGCGAGUGACUUUGCCAAAGAAACUGGCCUAUGUUGGCCAGGACCGUGUCGGCAGACGAGUCUUGCUGAUUAUAAUGUCAUUAGUUCUAGGAAUGGAGAUCGGUUUUAAAUUCACUAGCAGGACUGUUAUAUAUCUGUUGAAUCCAUGUCACAUUACAACAGCAUUACAGUUGUAUUUGUUGGCUGCGGAUCCUAGUCCAACAGUCACUGCUAUCUUCAGGAUACAUUUGAACCUGUUGAAUGGACCGGUACUGGCAUAUUUGUUUCCAGAAACACAGUCUCGGAUUAUAUUUGCAGACAAAGCAAUGUAUUAUAUUCAACAUGGUUUGAUGUUAGUAAUACCAUAUUACUUGCUGAGGAUUGGAGGUGUAUAUAAUAUUGAACCUUUAUCUGAUAUGAGUUGGUCAAUUCUCAGUUACGGCCUUAAUGCAGGAUAUCACUUUUGGAUUCUUCAAUUUGUUGCCUUGCCUGUACAGGUGAAUCUUAGUCAUAUGUUAUGCGCUGCUGUCUUGGAUCCAUUUGAAGGUCAAAAUUAUCGAUUAUGGGCAGUAACUCAUCAGUUCAUAUUAUGUCCCGUUCUGUGCAAGCUGUUUUGUUAUGGAUCCAAUUUUUUCUUAACCAAAUUUCCACCGACUAGGGUUAAGCCGACGCUGGAAUGCACCAUUCCGAAAAAAAAUUGUACAUAUGAACAGAACGAAAAAUUACACGAAGAGUCUAAUACCUCAGGAAAUGGCCACACACAUUUCGAUUAAUUUGGAAAAGAAAAUUGUCAGACGUAUCUGAAUACUUCAUCUUGAUUGAAAUAAUGCAAUUUAUAUCUGUCAUCUUCAAAUGUGAUCUACAGGAAAACUAUGAAUAAAAA